AUGAUUGACCCUGCAUCUGCCGCUCCCGAAGCGAACGCUCUACCAACUGAGCUACCGGGGGCCGGUCACAGAAAUGGCAAUGGGCGCACACCAGAAAAGCUUCUAUACUGCCCAGCCACUAAUCGACAGGACAAUGGGCCCAGAGCAGAAAACCUUCUACACUGCCCAGCCACUAAUCGACAGGGCAAUGGGCCCAUACCAAAAAGGCUUCUACACUGCCCAGCCACUAAUCGACAGGGCAAUGGGCGCACACCAGAAAAGCUUCUAUACUGCCCAGCCACUAAUCCACAGGACAAUGGGCCCAGAGCAGAAAACCUUCUGCACUGCCCAGCCACUAAUCGACAGGGCAAUGGGCCCAUACCAGAAAACCUUCUACACUGCCCAGCCACUAAUCAACAAGGCAAUGGGCCCAGAGCAGAAAACCUUCUACACUGCCCAGCCACUAAUGGAGAGAGCAAUGAGCCCACAGCAGAAAAGCUUCUACACUGCCCAGCCACUAAUGGACAGGGCAAUGGGCCCACACCAAAAAAACUUCUCCACUGCCCAGCCACUAAUCGACAGGGCAAUGGGCCCACACCAGAAAAGCUUCUGUACUGCCCAGCCACUAAUCGACAGGACAAUGGGCCCAGAGCAGAAAACCUUCUGCAGUGCCCAGCCACUAAUCGACAGGGCAAUGGGCCCAUACCAGAAAACCUUCUACACUGCCCAGCCACUAAUCAACAGGGCAAUGGGCCCACACCAGAAAAGCUUCUACACUGCCCAGCCACUAAACGACAGGACAAUGGGUCCACGUCAGAAAAGCUUCUACACUGCCCAGCCACUAAUGGACAGGGCAAUGGGCCCACGCCAGAAAACCUUCUAAACUGCCCAGCCACUAAAGGACAAGUCAAUGGGUCCACACCAGAAAAGCUUCUACACUGCCCAGCCACUAUUCGACAGGGCAAUGGGCACACAGUAGAAAAGCUUCUACACUGCCCAGCCACUAAUGGACAGGGCAAUGGGCCCACACCAGAAAGGCUAUUAAACUGCCCAGCCACUAAUCGACAGGGCAAUGGGCCCACACCAGAAAAGCUUCUACACUGCCCAGCCACUAAUGGACAGGGCAAUGGGUCCACACCAGAAAAGCUUCUACACUGCCCAGCUACCAAUGGACAGGGCAAUGGGUCCACACCAGAAAACCUUCUACACUGCCCAGCCACUAAUCGACAGGGCAAUGGGCCCACACCAGAAAAGCUUCUACACUGCCCAGCCACUAGUCGACAGGGCAAUGGGUCCACACCAGAAAACCUUCUACACUGCCCAGCUACUAAUCGACAGGGCAAUGGGCCCACACCAGAAAACCUUCUACACUGCCCAGCCACUAAUCGAUAG